UACUUUUGUCGUAUUUGCUACCAAAGUGCUGCUAUAGUUUCAUUUGAUCUUGUGUGCUUGGGCUUCUGGAUUCAUUUGUGACUUCUACGCUAAUUUUACAAGACUGAAAUCAAGUAACUUACGAAUUUUUGUAGUUCUAAUUCUAGCGAAGAGUUUUAUUCUCCUUUCACCUUUUCUGAUUUAGAUUUAAGUCCUCUUAAGGAGGUUAGGUUGAGGAGUGAGAGUGACAUUGAGUGUGAGUUAGAAUUUUUUGAAGAUCCUAACUUCAUUCCCCCCUACUCCAUGUAGUGAAAGUUACGAAAGUGAAGAAAUGUCUUUUGAGGAAACGUUGAGUGUGGGAAGAAGCAAGGAAGUGAGGGUUUUGGAAUACGGUGAUGGGGGUAUGGAGAGUGGGUUGUCUGGGUCAGAGAGAACUGAGGACGAGGUGGGUGGAAAAGAAAUUAUUGAGGGUGAGGAAGGAGGAAUGCCCUCGAAUAUUUUGGAAAUUGAGGGUGGGGGUGAUAGGUGUUAUAAUGUAGAGGCAGACAUUGUUUUUGAAGUGAUGGGGUAUGAGACUGAGUUGGCUGAGAGUAGAAAGGACAAGGGGUGGUAUUACUUCAUACCUCAGACAUCCAACAAAGAAAAAAGGAACUUAUUUAGUGUAGGACCUUCAUCCAUUAACGGAUGGAAGGAAAAAUUUUUCUUUGUCGAUGACACAGAGUGGGUAAAGAGGGAUGAAGAAGUAGAAUUUUUGUCUAGCUGGAAGGCUAAAAAAGCCAACCAAAAUAGGUAUAGCUUGAAUAGUGAUGAAGAGGAAGAGAUUGAGAAGCUGGUGAAAGAGGGAGGUGACAUCUUGGAUAUUAUGUAUCUCACCAGCUCAGAUGUCAUAGAGGCUGUUGAGCUCUAUGGGCCAAGUUCAUUGAGUGAAGCUGGGAUGAACAAAAUUUUGGGUGCAGCUGAGGGGUUAGCCAUUCCCAAAAAACUAAGGAAGAAGUCAAAGACUUCUGAAAAUGUUGCAAGUGAGGGAAAAGUUGGAGACAAAGAAAGGGAGCAACUCUCUAGUGCAUUAGCCCGAGCUCCGGUUGUUGAUAAGCCAAGGCUAGAGCUCAAACGAAAAGGAAAGCUCAGAGAGAUUGGGGUUACAACCCAUGGCAAGGGCAAGGCGCUUGUUCCUCCUCCUUCUUUGCAGAGCAGUCUUUUUGACACCAAGAACAUGAUGGCGGCGAAGAAUUUUAUAAAUGCAUAUCUUCCUAAACUAAGAUGGGAUCCUGAUGAAGAAGGUCGCACCAUUUUCCCACCUAACUUCAACUUCGAGUUUGUCAUAGUGAAAGAAAGGGACGCAAGGACAGGAGGUGCAGAAGUGGAAGAGAACUAGCCACCUUGUUUAGUGGAGAUGCAUCCAGUUCCUUUAGAGGAGGACUAGCCAGCUCCUCCAACAGAGAACCAGCCACCUUCUCCUACAGAGUAGUGAGGCUUUUAUUUUAUGAUUUUUGUUUCGUUGUAAAGUUUGAACAAUUUGUUUGUCUUGUUUUGAACAUUUUUGUAAUCAUUUCAUUCAUCAAUUUAAUUAUAUGUUGAGAAUUUGCUUUCAUUAUUUGUUGUGUUGGCGCUAACUAAGAGCUGAGAUGAAAGAAAGCACUUCGGAUUUU